AUGGGUUCUUUCAAGUCUAAGUUAUUCAAAAAGUCCGAGGAAGAAGAUCGACUCAAGUUGAUCCCUAAUUCGCCACUUUUCCCUACACCGGAAGAAGAAGAUAUUGCUUUCGAAAAUAACAAGCUCCGUUUCGAUGGUUUGAUUGGUCGAGAGGGGUGCGCAAUUCUGGUCCGCGUGAUUUCAAACAGCACAAGCGACCAAUACGUCUUGAAAGUUGAGUGCAGUUCUACCAGCGCUGCUGAGAUCGAAUCGGAAAUGUACAGCAAGUUGUAUGGAGCAAAGGGUGUCCCCGUAUUCUACACGAAUUGGAUUGAGAACGGAUGCACUGUUCUCCAAAUAGACAAUUACGGAGUGAAAUUGACUGAUUUCAUCGAGCUAAAAGGAGGGCUCUCACGCGUGGAAGUCUACAAGUUGGCACCUCAAAUGAUUGCGAUUUUGGAGGAAGUUCAUAAGAAAGGGGUGAUCCAUGGAGAUGUCAAGACAUCUAACUUUGUGUUUGGAAUGGGACAUAACGCGGGAGAGCUUCAGCUCAUUGGUUUCAAUCAUGCCGAGAAUGCCAUCACUCAUGACGAAGGCUUCUGUGAUAAAUUCAAGCGCAUUCCUCGUGGAACUGGCUACUAUCUUAGUGCCAAUCUGCAUCGUUAUUGCCACGGAUCCCCUCGUGAUGACUUGGAAUCUCUCGUUUACUGUCUGCUUGAAAUGCUUGGUAUCCAGCUGCCGUGGACGAUGAUGAGAGAGCCACAAAGCUUUGUCGAUCAUCAGAUGAUGUUCCAGAUGAAGAUGGGCAACACGUCAGGAGCCGGACUCUGUGAAUUUGUUCCGAUUCAGGAAAUGCUCGGAAUGUGUCGCGCUUUGACGUGUCAGGAAAAACCAAACUAUGAUGAAGUGAAACAGCUUUUUAGUUGUCCCUAUGUCAGAGCCAUGAGAGAAGUGUAA